ACGCCAGGUCAGGGAGGAGAAGCAUUUGCGGCAAGCACCGUGAGGCCUGCGAUGAUGGUAUCAAGCCGCGUCGACGAAGAGGAGCGCUUGCUACCAUCGGUGGUUGCUGUAGGACUCAUGUCUACGCCACAUACGGUGGAGGACAAGGAGGAGGAUGACGUGCCUGUCGAGGUCCGGGAGCAUGUAGGCGAGCUCGGUCGGCAUUACAGAGCGCUGAGCAAACGCCACGUCUCAUGUUUAAGCUUGCUGGCUGCGGCCCUCAUAUUUUUGGAAAAUGACGACGUGAGUUUGCUCCUGAAGAAAGCCUGCCUUGCCCUUUUUAUCAGCUCAUACGCCGACUACUUCAUCAAGCCCUCGCCCCUUUUGGACGACGUGACGGUACGCCUGCACGUGGACGACCUUAUACGGCCUGUCUCUGACAAGCUCGUCUGGUCAUCUUGCGUGUACGGUAUCGCUGGCGUUUAUUCCCUGUAUUUGGGACAAUACGCCUUCGGGACCUUGCAAAUCGUCACAUGCGCCGGAUCCAGCCUCUAUCAUAUUCGGAAGGAGGCUGUCUUUUUUAACUUUGACAACACCUUUGCCUCUUCCCUUCUCUUCCUCACCCUGUAUGCGGGGUGUAUGGCGAUCCAUGUGCAGGACUGGACCCACUGCUUCGCCACCGUGGUCGGUCUCCCGAUAGCCGUCUUUUUGAUCGUCUUCUGUGGCAUGCCCGCCUCUCUGGCCCGGGAGCAUAGACACGGCCCCGGGUUCCGGCAGUGCGCGGGCCGCCAGUACGAUGAUUGGCACACGGCCUGGCACUUUGUCUCCGGGGCAGGGACGGUGGUGACGGCGCAUUUCUUCCAGAAGCAUUGGCCGGGUCUUCAAUGCGGGGGCUCCAAUUUCGGCGUCUUGCCCCACCUACCCGUGGUUCCAACGGCCUGCGUGGCCUUGGCCUUGUCCUUGAACAUCGUCGGGAACUGGGCGGGUGUCAUGCCCGUGUGCUAG